CUCUUCCUCAUCAUCGCCGUUUACUAUCUCCUCUCCGAUUCAACGUCUUUAACCCCUCUCCCUUCCGAUCUCCUCUUCGCACUCGCUUCCGUAGGUUUCUUCCUUCAUUACUCCGCCGCAUCUUCAUCUGCUUCGAUCCAAACAUCGGAUCUCGAAGCUCACUGUGACUCGCUUUCAGCUCGUAUCUCCGCCUUAUGCUCUCUCCUCUGCUUGCUUCUCGCUUGCCGUUCAAGACUCUUCAUCGCUGACGCUGCCCUCGCGGCUGCCAUCUGUCUCCAAGGUCUAUGGCAGCUUCAAACCGGACUUUCUCUCCAUGUUGAUGGGUUUAUCCCUGAGGGGUGUCACCGUCUUCUUGAUGUUCAAAGCGGUGUCGAAGGAUCCACUCAGUGUGAUGUUCAGGACUCUAAACUAAGGGCUGUCUCAGUUUUGGAUCUUAUGUUCACUGUACACGUUGUGCUGGUGGUUAUCCUUAUCUUUGUGACUUACACGAUGGUGGUGAUGGCUGCUGGAGUUAGAAGAACU